AUGGCAACGACAAUGUCUCGCACCGAGGUCUUGAGCAAGGUCUACAAGAUGGUUCCUCCAAUGCUGGAGAAGUUCCAUAAAGGCCAGCUUGGACGAGUCGCAGUCAUCGGUGGAAGCGAGGACUACACAGGAGCACCCUACUUCUCAGCAAUGGCAUCAGCAAAGCUCGGCGCCGACAUGUCCCACGUAAUCUGCGAACCCGGCGCUGGCGCUGUCAUCAAAACAUACUCACCCAAUCUUAUGGUCCACCCUUACAUGCGGCAACAAAAGAACCUCGCCCAGGGCGAGACGAUCGAUUCCAUCUCCGACAAUGUAGUGGCCAUGCUCGACCGCUUACACGUGGUUGUCAUCGGCCCAGGCCUCGGCCGUGACCCAGCCAUGCAGGAGACCUGCGCGAGAGUCAUCACGGAAGCAAAGAAGCGGAAUAUCUCCUUCGUAUUAGAUGCAGACGGUCUGUAUCUGGCACAGACGAGGCCAGAUCUGGUGCAGGGCUACAAGGAGUGCAUCCUCACCCCCAACGUUGUGGAGUUUGGUCGACUGGCGAAGAGCAAGGAUAUCGAUGUAUCGAAGGAGGAUCCGGAGAAGUUGUGCGAGAAGCUGGCGAAUGCAUUCGGCGGCGUCACAAUCAUCCAAAAGGGUGCCAAGGAUUUCAUCUCGAACGGCAAACAGACUCUCAUCUCAGAUGGCGAGGGAGGUCUGAAGAGAUCUGGUGGCCAAGGUGACACUCUGACCGGAUCUCUUGCAACUCUGCUGGCCUACCGACAGGCAUACCUGGAUAAGAUCUGGGACCACGAAGGUGACAUGAAGCCGGAUGAGCUCCUCACAUAUGUGGCGUAUGGCGGAUCUGCUAUUACGAGGGAGUGCUCGAGACUGGCGUACAAGCAGAAGGGACGAAGUCUGCAAGCGGCAGACUUGACGGAGCAUGUGCACACCGCUUUCCUGGAUGUGAUUGGCGAGAAGCCAACGGAGGAAGCUAAGUUGUGA